CGCGCAGGCCGCGGAGGGCAAAGUUCACACGGAGGCAAGAUGGCGGCUUCCAGUGGCAGGUGGGUGCUGCUGAUUGUGCUGCUGUGUGUGAGCGCUCGGGCUGUGGACCGCAGCAACUUCAAAACAUGCGAGCAGAGCGCCUUCUGCAAGCGUCAGAGGGAGCUGAAGCCGGGGCGGUCUCCGUACAGAGCUCUGCUGGACACACUGGAGCUGAGCGACUCCAGAAUCACCCUGCAGCUCAUCAAUGACAACAACAAGGUGCGCUUGUUGCUUGAGCUGUACAGACUGCAGGGCAACAUGACGCGGGUCAAGAUUAAUGAACUCAAGCCACUUAAGCCUCGUUACGAGGUUCCGGAUGUGCUCAUCUCUGAUCCCAUUACUGAAACGCUCUCUGUGGUUUCUCAGGAUGAGAAUAGUCUGGUGUUGUCUCUGGGUGGCAAAGAUCAGCGGCUCAUCGUAAGUGCUCAGCCGUUUCGGCUGGACAUCGUUGAGGGUCCUCAAGUGCUCGUGUCACUCAACUCCCGCGGCCUGCUGGCCUUCGAGCACCUACGAGCACGCAAGGACACUAUCUCUCAUAAAAUAAGUAGCACAGUUGGUAGCAUGUGGGACUCGCUCAAGAGCAUUUUCUCUAGUAAAAGUGAGUUGGAGCAAGCGACAGAACAGGAGAAUGUGGAGCAGCGAACGGAUGAGGUGUGUGUAAAUGUGUCCCUGCAGCACAAAAGCAACCCGUAUCGGCUGUACAACUUGGAUGUUUUUCAGUAUGAGCUACACAACCCAAUGGCUCUUUAUGGGGCAGUUCCUGUCCUCAUAUCUCACAGCACUGACCGCACCAUGGGCAUCUUCUGGCUCAAUGCAGCAGAGACAUGGGUGGACAUCAGCUCAAAUACUGCAGGAAAGAUGAUGUUUGGGAAAAUACUGGACUCCGUACAAGUUUCUAGUGAAGCUCCUCAGACGGAUGUACGCUGGAUAUCUGAGAGUGGUAUUAUUGAUGUCUUUAUCAUGCUGGGACCAAAACCUGCAGAUGUCUUCACUCAGUAUGCCUCACUUACAGUGGCCAUUGUAGAUCCUCACAUUAGGGUGGACAGCGGCUAUACGAUUCACAAUGAGAUUCUCUCCAAAAGCUUUUAUGUCAAGAACAAAGAUGGAGGAGACUAUGAAGGCUGGUGUUGGCCAGGGAAUUCGGGCUAUCCUGACUUCACUAACCCUGAGAUGAGAGCCUGGUGGGCCAGCAAGUUUGCCUAUGAGCAGUAUGAGGGUUCCAUGGAGAAUCAGUACGUGUGGAAUGACAUGAACGAGCCGUCUGUGUUUAAUGGGCCUGAGGUCACCAUGCACAAAGAUGCUCUUCAUGGAGGCUGGGAGCACAGAGACGUUCACAACCUUUAUGGCCUCUAUGUGCAAAAGGCGACCGCUGACGGCCUGGUUGAGCGUUCAGGAGGUGUGGAGAGACCUUUCGUUCUGACCCGGGCGUUCUUUGCUGGAUCCCAGCGUUACGGUGCGGUGUGGACGGGAGAUAACGCCGCUGAAUGGGGUCAUCUGAAGAUCUCCAUCCCCAUGUGCUUGAGUCUGGGCUUAGCGGGCAUCUCUUUCUGUGGAGCUGAUGUUGGCGGUUUCUUUAAACAUCCCAGCGCUGAGCUUUUGGUGCGAUGGUACCAGGCGGGAGCUUACCAGCCGUUUUUCCGCGCUCAUGCUCACAUAGACACGCCCCGCAGGGAACCCUGGCUGUUCGGACCCGAGAACACCGCCCUCAUCCGGGAGGCCAUACGCCAGCGAUACGCUCUACUGCCGUACUGGUACCAGCUUUUCUACAACGCACACCGCACUGGAUAUCCUGUUAUGAGACCUCUAUGGGUAGAGUAUCCCGAUGAUGUCGCCACUUUCUCAGUCGAGGAUGAGUACUUGAUCGGGAAGGAUUUGCUGGUGCAUCCCGUCACUGAUGAGGGUGCUACUGCUGUUACUGCCUAUCUGCCGGGGAAAGGAGAGGUCUGGUAUGAUGUUCACACUUUCCAGAAGCAUGAUGGGGAGCAGAGCCUCUACAUUCCUGUCACCAUGAGCUCCAUCCCAGUUUUCCAGCGAGGAGGGUCCAUUAUCUGCAGGAAAGACCGAGUUAGGAGAUCUUCGUCUUGUAUGGAGAAUGACCCAUACACUCUCUAUGCUGCCCUCAAUUCUCAGGGCUCUGCUGAAGGAGAGCUGUACAUCGAUGACUUCCAUACCUUCAACUUUGAAAAAGCAAAGCAGUUUGUCCACAGACAUCUGUCUUUCUCCGCCAACACGCUGUCUUCCAGAAAUCUGGCCCCAGACUCCCAGUUUUCCACUGCGUCUUGGAUAGAGAAGAUUGUGAUCAUUGGAGGCAGUCAACCGUCCUCUGCUACUCUGAAAAACGCAGAUGGUACAGAGUCGGCUUUAGAGUUUGAGUUUGACUCUACACUUGCAGUUUUGACUCUACGUAAGCCAGGGGUCAACGCAGCGGCAGACUGGACCGUAAUCUUGCGGUAACACGAGGACGACAUGCAAACAACAGAGAAAAGAACUGCACUUAAUGUCACAUGACCACACACAGACGUUACAAAAUCAGAGACCAAACAGAGAAUGGGAACAUGCACAGAAAAAUCUAAUGUUUUUAAAGAUGAUAUGUGUAUGUGUUGAGACAAAUAUGAAAGAGAUUUUGGGAAGCCAUCAGUUUCAACAGGACCAGGAUAUUAAGAAAGGUGUUUGAAGACAUACUGACUUAAACUCUAUUGUGUGAUUUCACAUGACAGGCUGCAACGUCUCGUUUAGACCGGCAUUUGUCAUUUAAAUUAGCAAUUUAAUAAUUGGUUGAAAGUUAAAACAAAGAAAUAACAUACAGGAGGUUCAUUUAUAGAUUGUACAAAUUAGAUUAUUUUUUUUUUUCUCAGGUCAUGAAGUGUUUUGGCAUUAAAAAUACA